GCAUCACGAACCCAUCGUUGUAAUCGGUGUGUUCGCCAAUCAAAUUCACCCUACCCGGUGCGAAAACGGAUAUAUUCGCAUCCAUCGAAAAUUCCUUCCUAAAUAUCUCCUUCGCCUCGCUGACUAACACCCCGGUGGGGAUGAUUUUCUCGGCCAUUAUACUGAAGGACUUUUCGAACUCGCGGAAAACUGAUCAAUUUGACAUAAGCAAUGUGGCACUGCCUGCGUUUGAAGUUGAAGUGUGUGAUAACGGCAGUCUCUCAAGUAAUAUUUGUAUUCUAGUCAUAUGAGAGUACUUAAUCUAUCAUACAUGGUAAUUUCGUGAUAAGGAUGUCAGUCACUGACCCAUUAAUUAAAGACAUCAAAGGAUGCGUUCAACAAUUCAUUAAAAUCGACAAUAACAAUGACCAGAUCUCUGACAACAACCCCAACUUCAUUGUAUUGGAGAACAGUUUGGAGAAGAUCUUCAACAAAGGCUUGAUCACCCAGCAAAACACUUUGUAUUUCAUCAGAACCAUAGACCCCUAUGCCUGGAUGUCCAGUCUGACCAAAGCUAAGAGUGAUAUCGUUACCCUUACAUACAAAAAUUGUAUCGACAAUGUAAAAAACCGUUGUGAUGCUGUCAACAAUACCGCCAGGUUUCGACUGCUUGUGAAAUUCUGCUUGAUGAAGAGGUGUCUACACGUACCGGUCGAGUUUUUAUUACGAACCAACAGAACACAUUUAUUUUAUUCCGUUAAUUCCAUAAUUGGGGAUGAGAUACUAUCAGAAAUACUCCUUUCGGUUUUACUUCAAAUUAGUAAAAUAGAUUUCGCUUUGGACCUCAACAACUCAUCUUUCCUGGACUGUACCUGGUAUAUUCCACAUCUGGUGCAUAUGGAGCUGGUACCUUGCAAAUACCUAGGAUUGAGCGUUAGUUUUGUUGAAAACCGAGCGGUUAUCGUGCAUGUGGCCCCUAACAGUGUAGCUGCAGAAAACGGGAAUAUUAAGAUAGGAGACGUUCUGGAUAAAUUAAACGGCAUUCACAUCACCCCUUCCCUUAAGGGCCGUCUCAACGCCACCUUGCGGUGUAAGAAGGGCGAACCAAUCAACAUAUCAGUCGUUAAAGCGUACAAUCACGAAACGAAAGAGUUUUUCUUGCCGAUCAGGUCGCUGUUGAAACGAUUGAACAUCGACUGCGCCCAGGUGUUGAAGCAAUACGAAGAAGAGACUGCCGAGGAGAUUGUUCCGAAAAACGCGUGUUCUGGGUAUGACGUGAAGUAUUUGGGAUACGUGGAUGUCGGAUCGAUUGGAAACGUUAAACAAGUAGAGAAAGCCGUGACUCGAAUAUGUGUGACUAAGGGGUUGCAAGCCCCCAUUUCUUCCGUUGAUGGUAUGCCCGUUACCAGGGUGGACAAGAUAGUUACCUUUGAGUUUGGGGAGAUCGGGAUAAAAGUGAAAGAUAUCCAAACGAAAGAGAUUUUGCUAGAGCAUUCUUACAUGCAGAUCUCUUCGUGCGGAAGCACGCCUAGAUUUGCCAAAAAUUUCGGAUACUGUGCAAGUAUUGAAAAUUGUGACGUUGCGUCGCAUUUUAACUGCUUUGUUUUUGGAGCGGCUCUAGCCGAAGAUGCGGACAAUAUUUUACUAGCAAUUGGACAAGGCUUUGGCAGAACACACUAUGCUGUUUAAACUCAUCAUAUCUCUUCCUUCUUGAAUGCUAUCUUGUGAUUAUCUUUUUAAUAAAAUUUCCGACAACCUUUU